CCUUCCGCCUCGCUAUCGCCGUAAUCCUCUCCCUGUCCACAGAUUCCACCCGCCACCAGCGAUGCCGCAUCUGAGCCUGAGCACCAACGUGCCGGUGGACGCCGUCGUCGCCGCCGACAUCAUCAGGGACUGCUCCAGGGCGCUCGCCAGGAUCAUCGGCAAGCCAGAAUCCUACGUGAUGGUGUCGAUCGACGGGUCGACGCCAAUGUCAUUUGCCAGGAGCGAGGAGCCCGCGGCGUACGGCGAGAUCAUGUCUCUCGGCGGCCUCGGCCCCGGCGUCAACGGGAAGCUCAGCGCCGCCCUCGCCGAGAUUCUCGAAGCCAAGCUCUCCAUCAGCGGCAGCAGGUUCUACGUCAAGUUCGACGAUGUGCAGGGAUACAAUUUGGGCUUCAACGGAUCCACCUUCUGAGCUGAGACAAGUCCAUCACAUGGAAGAUGUUGGAAUGUCCAGGGACAGUAGUAAUUUGGGCUUCAACGGAUCCACCUUCUGAGCUGAGACAAUUCCAUCGCAUGGAAGAUGUUGGAAUGUCCAGGGACAGUAGUGAAACUGGCAGUACAUGCUUUACAGUCGCCUUUGUGUAUCUUCUGCAUCUUCCAUCAGUUAACAUUUCGCACAUAUCUGAAAUUCUGAUGUACCUUCGCUCCAAUUCAACCGAAUGUUGUUCUGAGAA